CUCUAGUUAGGGUGUUGCUUUGUAGCUGUCCCAGGAGCCACAGUGGUAGUUGGAGUUGGUGCCUAUGAAGGAUGAGGAAGGUUAGGCUCUCGGGGCUGCUCUGGAUGUUUUUCAUCUCAGAACUCCAAGCUGCAACUGAUUUAUCUGAGGAAGAGUUUACCCUAGAAGAGGGGAAGACCCUGGAGGUGGACUGUCCUUUCUCCCGUGAGUUGUACCUCUACAGCCAGAAGGCAUGGCAGAGGCUGACAGCUGGAAGCAAACCUGUGAUAUUGGCAAAAACAGAGAAAGGCUCAGGGAUGUACAAUAAAGUCCAGAUGGGGAGGUACCACCUAGAGGAAAUCCCAGAAGACAGCGUACUGCAUGUCCAAAUGACUGACCUUCAAGUGGAGGACUCGGGAUUAUAUCAGUGUGUGAUCUACCAGCCUCCCAAAGACCCCGUCAUCCUGUUCUAUCCUGUCCGCCUGGUGGUGACCAAGGGUCCUUCAGGUACCCCUUUCUCAGACAAGAAUCCUACUCAGAGCCUGACUCCGAAUACCAUCCUUCCUCCUACCACCCUCGAGGUCCAGAGCACUCUUCAUACCAGGCCCAGGGCUGUGACUCAACUCCUGCCCAUGUCAACUGCCACCCUCUCCUCUCCUGGCCUUGGAGUCAACCCCACACAGGGGCCAGAUGUCAUCAGGAUCUCUCUGAUCAGCAUUGUUGUUUUCGUGGUGUGUGGAAUCCUGAGUAAGAGCCUGGUCUUCACCAUCCUGUUGGUUGUCACUCAGAGGUCAUUUGGACCCUAGGUCCAUGAACCCACAAGAAUGAUCUGUGACCUUCAUGCAUGCCUAUCUGGCAGUUGAGACAGAAGAAGACUGUGAAGGGGAAGGAAAGGAGUGAGACGAUGACUGAGUUGAAUUUGUAACACAGGUUAUUUAUAAGGCUCAGGGUCCUACCUUCUUGGCCCUGCUAACUCCCCUCGUUUCACUAAUAAACUUGGGUGUGUGCUUUAUUCCAUCAGAAUAGAAGAUACAGCCCCUAACAUACCCUGAGCCUCCAUUCCAU